AUGGAACUCUACUACGGCAUCGACGACAACACCAAAAAGCUGGCGGACUACAUCAUCAUCGACAAGGAGGCCUUCACAGAGAACGGGGAGUGGGCCAUCCAACGGCCCCCGGCCCGCAUUGUCCUGGCCGCCACGGACGGGCUGGAGGCGCCGGGCUUCUCCGAGAUCCACUACUUCCUCAUCAUCCAGCGUAAGCCCCUCUUCUACGUCAUCAACAUCAUCGUGCCCUGCGUGCUCAUUUCCUCCUUGGUCGUCCUGGUCUACUUCCUGCCUGCCCAGGCCGGUGGCCAGAAGUGUACGGUCAGCAUCUCGGUCCUCCUGGCCCAGACCGUCUUCCUCUUCCUGAUUGCCCAGAAGGUGCCCGCUACGUCCCUCGCUGUCCCGCUCAUCGGCAAGUGA